AUGAGCGGCUUAAUCAACCAGGCCGAUGAGCGCCAGAACGCUGGCACUGUCGAACUGAAGGAUGACACGGUCAUUGUGGUACUGGGGGCGUCUGGUGACCUCGCAAAGAAGAAGACGUUCCCAGCACUCUUCGGCCUUUUCCGCAACAAAUUCCUGCCCAAGGACAUCAACAUCGUUGGAUAUGCUCGGACAAAGAUGGACCACGAGGAAUACCUCAAGCGCGUGCGCUCGUACAUCAAGGUUCCGACCAAGGAGAUUGAGGAGCAAUUAGAGCAGUUCUGCAAGCUGUGCACAUAUGUGUCCGGCCAGUACGACCAGGAUGACUCGUUCAUCAACCUGCAAAAGCACAUCGUGGAUAUCGAGAAGGCCCGGCAAGGCAAGGAGCAGAACCGCGUCUUCUACAUGGCACUGCCCCCUAGUGUUUUCACCGUCGUGUCGGAGCAGCUGAAGCGCAACUGUUACCCCAAGAAUGGCCUUGCUCGGAUCAUCGUCGAGAAGCCGUUCGGCAAGGACCUUCAGAGCUCCCGAGAUCUGCAAAAGGCGUUGGACCCCAACUGGAAGGAGGAGGAGAUCUUCCGUAUUGACCACUACCUCGGUAAGGAGAUGGUCAAGAACAUUCUCAUCCUGCGGUUUGGCAACGAGUUCUUCAACGCUACAUGGAACCGUCACCACAUCGACAACGUUCAGAUCACAUUUAAGGAGCCGUUCGGCACCGAGGGUCGUGGAGGCUACUUUGACGAGUUCGGUAUCAUCCGCGAUGUCAUGCAGAACCACCUUCUGCAGGUGCUCACAUUGCUCGCCAUGGAGCGGCCCAUUUCCUUUUCUUCGGAAGAUAUCCGUGAUGAGAAGGUGCGCGUCCUGCGCGCAAUGGAUGCGAUCGAGCCGAAGAACGUCAUCAUUGGGCAGUAUGGGCGGUCGCUCGACGGAAGCAAGCCGGGUUACUUGGAGGACGACACCGUGCCGAAGGAGUCGCGCUGCCCAACCUUCUGUGCUUUGGUUGCCUACAUUAAGAACGAGCGGUGGGAUGGCGUGCCCUUCAUCCUGAAGGCUGGAAAGGCCCUGAACGAGCAAAAGACCGAAGUCCGCAUCCAAUUCCGCGACGUCACCUCUGGCAUCUUCAAGGACAUCCCCCGCAACGAGCUGGUCAUCCGGGUGCAGCCCAACGAGUCCGUCUAUAUCAAGAUGAACUCGAAACUGCCUGGUCUGUCGAUGCAGACGGUAGUGACCGAGCUGGACUUGACCUACCGCCGCCGCUUCUCCGACCUCAAGAUCCCCGAGGCGUACGAGUCGCUCAUCCUGGAUGCCUUCAAGGGCGACCACUCCAACUUUGUGCGUGAUGACGAGCUAGACGCCAGCUGGCGCAUCUUCACCCCUCUGCUGCACUAUCUGGACGACAACAAGGAGAUCAUCCCCAUGGAGUACCCAUACGGCUCCCGUGGCCCCGCGGUCCUCGACGACUUCACCGCUUCGUACGGGUACAAGUUCAGCGACGCCGCCGGCUACCAGUGGCCCGUGACCUCUGCGCCCAACCGGCUGUAG